AUGGAGCCUGCUGCACGGAAGCCUGGCUUUCUCAGAAACGUACUGCUGCGAUUACUCCUCUUCGGUGUUUUAAUCGUCAUCGUACGGUUCGCUUACGUCAUCACCCUCGCCGAUGAGUCCUGCACCCUCGGCGACUUCUGCUUCUCCCCGUCGCCGAAUCUCGCCAUGGCGCGAACCAGGUCCCACGCUCUCGACGCCCUAGGUGGUGCCGCAACGGCACUGGAGCGCUACGCCAGCAAGGACUGGAUCAACGGCGUUCGGUUCUAUUCGUCCGUGUUCCAGGACCUCAUCGCAGGUGGCUUCCUCUCGCCGACGGCGAAGUCGCUCUGUGUGGAGACUCCGACCGGCCGCGACGUCCUCGCGCUGCGGGUGAUCGGCAUAACGAACGCUGUCGGGAUAUCGAAGAAGGCGUCGCCACCGUUGGUGAAGUCCGGCGAGGCUCUACGGAUUCCGUUCGCGAACGGCACGUUCGACUUCGUGUUCGCCGGAGACGGCGCGCUGGAGAGAUCGCCGAAUGCGGGGCAGUUCGCGGCGGAAAUUGCUCGGACGCUCAAACCCGAAGGGUUUGCCGCGUUCCAUGUAAAGGCUAAUGACACUUACAGUUUUAAUUCAUUCGUUGAUUUGUUCAAAUUUUGUUGCAAUGUGGUGAAAAUAAACGACGUACUAGGGUUUGAUUCAUCGAUGCCUCACAUAAAAGAACUCAUUGUGAAGAAAGAGCGUUAUGGAAUUGAUUCCGAUUCCUAUUCCAAUUCGAAAGGAAAAUGCUCUGUUCCAGACUACAUGAAAAAGUUGGUUAGAAAUGCUGAGUCGUUAAUUGAAGAGGAGCCACUGAAGCCAUGGAUCACCCUCAAGAGAAACGUGAAGAACAUAAGGUACCUUACUUCAAUGAUUGAUAUAAGUUUUAAGGAUAGGUAUGUGUAUGUUGAUGUUGGAGCUAGAAGCUAUGGUUCUAGUAUUGGAAGUUGGUUUAGGAAACAGUACCCGAAACAGAACAAGACGUUUCAUGUGUAUGCAAUUGAGGCUGAUAAAACCUUUCAUCAGGAGUAUGGCUUGAAAAAAGGGGUUACUCUAUUGCCUUAUGCUGCUUGGGUUAGGAAUGAGAGUUUGGUGUUUGAGAUUAACCGUGGCCCUGGAGAGAAAGUUCAGGGUAAGGGCAGGGGAAUGGGCAGGAUUCAGCCAUUGCAGUCUUCAGGUGGUUUUGAUGGUGGUGAGGUUGAAAAGAUUAAUGGGUUUGAUUUUGCUGUCUGGUUGAAGAACACGGUUUCGAAGAAUGAUUUUGUUGUGGUGAAGAUGGAUGUGGAGGGUACUGAAUUUUAUUUGAUUCCCAGGUUGUUUGAAACUGGGGCUAUAUGUUUGGUGGAUGAGAUUUUUCUCGAGUGCCAUUACAAUAGGUGGCAGCGGUGUUGCCCUGGACAGAGGAGUCCCAAGUAUGAGAAAACUUAUGAUCAGUGCUUGCAGCUCUUCACUUCUCUCAGACAAAGUGGAGUCCUUGUUCAUCAAUGGUUUUAA